AUGCAACUGGCUGAUACGGUGGCUGCACGUCCGGUUUCUCUGAAGCUAAUAAAUGCCCGCCGUACAGAAGGCUAUACUGCUAAUGAGGAUCGUCCGUUGGAGCGCCUAGCCGUAGUGUUGAUAUGUAUUGUAUUGGCAUUUCUACUUGCGUUGUCCCUAGGCUACCGCGCCGGCCGCCUAGCUGGCCAAAGAUCAAAGACUCGCGGCUCAGACAUUCUCGUAUUCGUCCAAGGCUUUUUUUGUACGGCUUUUCUGUUUAUUGUGGCUGUACUAGCGGCUGGCCUCGGCUUGGAAACGAAAAGGCAAUGCUUUGUCGCAAUACGAAUCUGCCUGGCCUCGUAUGGCUUGACGAAGAUGACUCUAUAUCUCUUCUUGUUCGAGCGUGUUCACAUAGUGCGAGCCUCAUUUCUAGAUCGCCGACGUGAUCCCAUAUAUGUCAUCGGAGUGCUCUUGACAACAUGUGGAUUUAUAGCAAUAGCAAGCUGGCAAUACACCGACCCCAUGGCCGAAAUCUCCGCCCAAGAUGGCCGUUGCCGGAUCGGACCUAAACACGACAGUGCGAUUGCCAUUAUAACAGUUGAUACAUUCAUCAGCCUGAUCCUAACAGGGAUCUUUGUAUGGCAGCUUCGACCAGCGGUAUCUUCACCAUUGCCUGAAAUGCCAAGUAUGACGAGUACCCUGAGUAAGACGACCGACGCUCCGACCAGGGGACCCAAGUCGUGGGUGAAAAGAGUGCGCAAGAUUAUAUGGGGCUUCAACCUGAGCGAAUUGCAGGCUAUGGUGCUGCGCAACAUUGUGGGCUCGACCAUCAUGCUUGGUUGUACUUUGUUCAACAACGUCAUUUUCCUGACACAUGAUUGGAGCAAGGUUGGCCAAGCCUGCAUGUUGCUGUGUUUAAGCGAUGGUCAGUAA